AUGUAUUUGUUGUGGUGGACAUGGAGUGUAUAUUUGAGUUUUUUGGCGCUUGUAAGCGCCGAGGAGAACUCUACAACGACUCUUUCGUCGCUUAAUGGGUCCCUGGUGGAGUCAGAACUUCAAAACCUGACAGACUCGCUCGACGGGAACAAGUCUAGUCUGCCUAUCGAGGAGAAGGCAUACUUCCUCACGUUUGAGGAAUGGAAGAAGAAAAAAGUUGAUGAGGCAGAGGUCGUCAAGUCAAGACCAGAACAGGAACAGAAAGAUGCCUUUGGAGGACCCGUGGGCGAGGAAAUGGAGAUCGAAAUCUCCAUGUUUGGUGCACCAGAACCAAAACAAGAGGACACAGGCAAAGUUUAUAAAGAGCGGUUCAAUUUCGCCUCGUUCGACUGUGCGGCCACAAUUGUCAAGACCAACGCUGAGGCGAAAGGCGCGAACGCCAUUUUGAACGAGAACAAAGACUCGUACUUGUUGAACGAGUGCAAAGCGAAGAACAAGUACAUCAUCAUUGAAUUGUGCGAGGAUAUUUUGGUGGACGAAGUUUUGCUCGGCAACUACGAGUUUUUCUCGUCCAUGUUCAAAGACGUUCGAAUUUCUGUCAGCGAUAGGUACCCGACCACCAGCUGGCACUCUUUGGGUGACUUCCGUGCAGAGAAUGUGCGGAAAUUGCAACCGUUUAAAGUCGAGAACCCGCUGAUAUGGGCCAAGUUCCUCAGAAUCGAGGUGUUCUCGUACUAUGGAGACGAGUUCUACUGUCCGAUUUCGUCGGUCCAGGUCCAUGGAAAGACCAUGAUUGAGCAGUUUAAAGAGGAAGAGAAGGAAGAGAUCCAACCGGAGGUGGUGGAGAAAGAGGAGCCUAAAGUCGAGUCAAAAGACUUUUACGACACUCCAUCGUUCAAUCUGUCAAUCAACGAGAUUUUCUUCUCCUUGAACGGGUCCACAGAAGACGAAAACUGCAAAAUCACACCGUACCUCGGCUUGGACCGUUUCCUCAAAGAGCACCAGCAGGACUUGUGCGAAAUUGACGAGACUCCAUCAGAGGUGAAGCCAAAGACCACCCACACUGCCGGAGCUCAGGAAUCGAUCUACAAGAACAUCAUCAACCGGAUCUCGCUCCUGGAGUCAAACGCUACAUUGUCGCUAUUAUACAUCGAGGAACAGUCGAGGAUCUUGUCUACCGCGUUUGAGAACCUUGAAAGCCGCCAAAACAACAGAUUCACCACACUGAUGGACCAUCUGAACCAAACCAUCCUCAACCAGAUAGGCAACUUCAGGCUGCUCAACACCGAACUGGCGUUCAACUUUGAAAAUCUCUUCAACUACCAGAACAACAAGUUCCAGCAUCUUUUGGCAGAUACAGACAGCAAGUUUUCUGGGUUUGCGCAUUCACUCAACUUCCAGAAGAAGCUCAACUAUCUUAAUUUGACCAUCAUCAUCCUGCUUCUGUGUUACAUCAUCAUCACCAGAGAUACCUACAUCGAGUCGGACUUCAUAAGCACGCCGUACUCUACAAGCUCGGCACACCACUCACCGUCGCUAUCGCCGGCCAUUUCGGUGCGCAAGCGCAGCAAGUUUGUGGACAGGUUUGUGUUUGGUUCUCGAACCGUCUCUCCAGCAGAUUACGAGUUCGAAUACGACAGUUAUAGAGACGACCAGGCCGAAUCGACCGAGGAAGAGCAGGAGCGUGUUCAUACCGACCAGAAGGCGGACCAGUCGUCGGUGGUGAUCACCGACAUGAAGCUGGAAAGCAACAACGCGAGCGAUUAA